GAAACUGCUGUAUUCCARCCAAGCGUUGAUCAUGUUGAUUCUGAUCUAAAUGAAGAGAGUUUGUGGAUUUUAUGUUCUCCUAGAGGCACAAAGAAGCUAAAGUUGGCUCUGGAAAAUUCAUCGCUCUAUGACAACAGCAGAAAAAUAGCACAUCAGCACAGUGACACCAAGCGUAUGGCAAUACCAGUCAAAACAAACCUACACAAUGCACUACAGACWAACAACGACCUGAAAGCUUUGAUAGAGAACUUAUCGGCAAAAAUUGAACUCAUUAAUGACCUCAGUACAACAUCAAAAAAUAACAGAAUUACUCCAAGAGAUGUCCUUAUUCAAAACCUCAGGAAAUUAUUUCAUCAAARUGGACUGGUGAUGAGUGAUGACCUYAUAAGKGAAGUCCCCAAAAGUUGGGAUAAACAUGGUGACCUGGUGCUACUCCCAGARACGUGCUUCACUUCAGAAGACUGGGUCCAGUUUGGUGAGGAAUUGUGGGUAACAGUUGCGCAUGCACUUGGGGCAAAUCGCAUUGGUAAAAAGUCAUGCAUAAUUGAUAAUGAUUAUCGAAGCCCUAGAGUUAAUCUACUKUAUGGAGAGUCUGGAUGGGUUUCGCACAUUGACAAUGGAAUAWCUUACACCUAUGACGUCACAAAGUGCAUGUUCUCUUCUGGCAAUAUAACUGAAAAAAUAAGAGUWGGAMAUUUCGAUUGCGCAGGUCAAACUGUUGUUGAUUUGUAUGCGGGUAUUGGGUAUUUUGUACUACCGUAUUUGGUCAAAGCUAAAGCAAGGCUUGUUUAUGCAUSUGAAUGGAAYCYAGAUGCAGUACAAGCUUUGAGAAGAAAUCUUGAACUUAAUGGURUGCAGGGRAAGUGUAUUGUAAUUCAGGGUGACAAUAGAAAGUUUCCAUACAGUGACAUAGCUGACCAUGUAAACCUUGGUCUCAUACCAUCCAGUGAAGCUGCUUGGCCUGUCGCUUGUGCCGCACUGAASAAAAACGUGGGUGGGUGGCUACAUGUUCAUGGAAAUGUGACAUCAUUAGGGACAGACACAUCCGAGGACAAUACCACACUAGAUCAGCCAACGUGCAAUCGCAAAAUAAAGCAAGCAUGGCUUGAAUGGUCCAAGUAUACUAUUAGAGAGAUACAAAGACUUUUGGUGAAGCAAUCUUUGAACAGUGACUGUGCCAUGUGGGAUGUCCAAGUGAAACACAUUGAGCAUGUCAAGUCAUAUGCUCCACAUGUUGAUCAUCUGGUGUUGGACAUUAAGUGUCAACCAGUGACUUAAAUCCAAAUAAAAUGAAUAAUUCCAAACAUCCAGUAUUCAAGAGAUCAUUGUAGAAUUUUUGUUAAUAAACCUCCUGGGAAGAUGGACACCUUUGGGACCAGAACAAGUGUUCAUCUUUGAUAGGUGUCUGUCGUAUGUAGACAUAAGUUAAAUGACACCAAAAUGCCAUUAUUUGAAGAUGUAAAGAACUUGGGU